GGCGAAGCUCGAAGGCGGCAGCAAGGAUGUUGACGAAGCCAUGGAGAAGUGGCACAACGGUUCCUUGAGCCACCGGCUGUACGACGUCUUCACCGUAGCCGGCCUCCGCGUGGAGGCCAUCGAACCCGGCCGCCUCCUCUGCUCCUUCAUGGUCCCUGCUCGCCUCACGUCGAGCGCCAGCAACCGUAUGCAGGGAGGCGCGGUGGCGUCGCUGGUGGACCUGGUGGGGUCUGCGGUGAUCUUCGCGGGCGGCUCGCCGGUGACGGGGGUCUCGCUGGAUAUCACCGUCUCCUACCUGGGCGCCGCCCGUGCAAACGAGGAGAUCGAGAUCGAUGCUCGGGUGCUCGACAUCGGCGACAAGACGGGGUGCGUGACCGUGGAGGUGAGGAGGAAGGACAACGGCCAGGUGCUCGCGCACGGCCGCCACACCAAGUAUCUCGCCAAUGUCUCCAGUAAACUCUGAGGGUCCUUUCCCAUCCUUGAAGAGCUGAAGUGUAUACACAUAAAACGGUUGUCUUUGCUAGCCAGCUAUGUUGAUGUUCUAGCGGGCACGGAAUAUUCCAUGCAUCAAUCCGUCGUUCGUGAUUGCUUUCAGAUUCAUGUUUUUUUUUUUGUCAAAUUUUAUCUCGUUUCAAAAUUUAUCAUUUGUUU